AUGGCCGGAAACGACUCCGGCCAAGGCUCUCGGCCUCGCCUGACGGUCAAGCUGCGACCCAACUCGAACGCAGCCAGCACCGGCUCAAACACACCCACCUCUGCAGCAGCAUCUCGAGCACAGAGCUCGCGCAACACACCAGCAUACGGUCGUGAUGAUGAUGGCGAAGACGACGAAGAGCAAGCAUAUGCGCUAGAUGACGGGCUUGUCUCGGACGACUCGGGCGACGACCACGGCAGUAGCAGGAGGGCCGGAAAGGCGGCAGCGUCAAAGAAAGGCAAGAAGAACGCGGAUGCGGAUCCGGUGCAAGCGAUCGCUCGACAGCAUCCCUUGUCGGGAGCUGCUCCUCGCUUCAAUGGCCCUGCGAUGGAUGAAGAUGAUGAGCAGGCGCGGUACGAAUCCGGCGAGCUGCGAUUCCACACACGAGACUUUACCAAGAUGCCGCUCAAGCUCGACCACAGCAGUAGGCCUCUCUGGAUCUCUCCCGAUGACGGGCACAUCAUCCUCGAAGGUUUCAGCCCGCUUGCAGAGCAAGCGCAGGACUUCCUCAUCGCCAUCGCCGAGCCUGUCAGUCGCCCCGCCUAUAUUCACGAGUACAAGCUCACACCGUAUUCGCUGUACGCUGCAGUCUCGGUCGGUCUGCAACCCAACGACAUCAUCGAAGUGCUCAAUCGCCUCUCCAAGGUGCCCGUACCAGACGCCGUGCUCGACUUCAUCCGCGAAUACACAGCGAGCUUCGGCAAGAUCAAGCUCGUGCUCAAGCAGAACAAGUACUUUGUCGAGAGCGCACACCCGGAGAUUCUGCAGACGCUGCUUCAGGACAGCAUCAUCGGUGCAGCGCGAGUGCGCGAGGAUCCCAAUGCGGUCAGUUCAGGUCGAAUGGAGGUGCUGGGGAAGACACAAGCACCGACAAGGGGCGAUCUGGUCAUUCCAGGAACGGAAAGCGCAGCGAGGAAAGCACGACAAGCUGCCGCCGCGAAUGGGCAAACACCUGGACCAUCAAAUACUGGCCGAUUGGCAAAUGGUGCAGGCGCCACAGGACCCCAACCGGAGAGCGCAGAAGCCGCACGCCGAGAAGACGAAGCCGAUCUCUUCUCGGCAAUCAUCGGUGUCGACGAGGCCGACGAGCUAGACGAGGACGACACCGUCCACAGCUUCGAGAUCGCCGAGGAGUACAUCGAGCAGGUCAAGAAGCGCUGCAACGAGAUCGGCUUCCCGAUGCUAGAAGAGUACGACUUUCGCAACGACCAGCUCAAUGCCGAUCUUGAGAUCGAUCUCAAGCCCAUCACGCACAUCCGACCGUACCAGGAAAAGAGUCUCGCCAAGAUGUUCGGCAAUGGUCGUGCCCGCAGCGGUAUCAUUGUGCUGCCGUGUGGUGCGGGCAAGACGCUCGUCGGCAUCACGGCCGCCUGUACCAUCAAGAAGAGCUGCCUCGUGCUGUGCACCAGCAGUGUCAGCGUCAUGCAAUGGCGGCAGCAGUUCCUGCAGUGGAGCAACAUUCAAGACAACCAGAUCAGCGUCUUCACUGCUGACCAAAAAGAGAAGUUCUCUGGCGCCUCGGGCAUUGUCGUGUCGACCUACUCGAUGGUGGCCAACACAGGCAAGCGAUCGCACACGUCGCAAAAGAUGAUGAACUUCCUCGAGAGUCGCGAGUGGGGGUUCAUCCUGCUAGAUGAAGUCCACGUCGUUCCCGCUAGCAUGUUCCGCCGCGUCCUUACGAAGAUCAAGGCGCAUUCGAAACUCGGUCUCACCGCCACGCUGGUGCGAGAAGACGAAAAGAUUGACGAGCUCAACUUCCUCGUCGGUCCCAAGCUCUACGAGGCCAACUGGAUGGACCUCGCUGCCAAGGGCCACAUUGCGACGGUGCAGUGUGCUGAGGUGUGGUGUCCCAUGACGCCCGAGUUCUAUCGCGAGUACCUUCGCGAGAAGAGCCGCAAGAAGAUGCUGCUCUACUGCAUGAACCCGAACAAGUUCCAAGCGUGUCAGUUCCUCAUCGACUACCACGAGAAUCGCGGCGACAAGAUCAUCGUCUUCAGCGACAACGUCUUCGCACUGGAGGCGUACGCCUUUAAGCUCAAGAAGCCCUUCAUCCACGGUGGUACGGCGCACCUGGAACGCAUGCGCAUCCUGCAGAAUUUCCAACACAAUCCUCUGGUCAAUACGAUCUUCCUCUCCAAGGUCGGAGAUACAUCGAUCGACCUACCUGAGGCGACGUGUCUGAUCCAGAUCUCGUCGCACUUCGGAUCGCGACGUCAGGAAGCCCAGCGCCUUGGCCGAAUCCUUCGUGCUAAGCGUCGAAACGACGAGGGAUUCAACGCCUUCUUCUACAGUCUGGUCAGCAAAGAUACAGCAGAGAUGUUCUACUCGACCAAGCGACAGCAGUUCCUCAUCGACCAGGGAUACGCGUUCCGAGUGAUCACGCACCUGGUAGGGAUGGAGAACAUGCCAGGGUUGGUGUACAAGAGCCAGGCGGAGCAGAUCGAGCUCUUGCAGAGCGUGCUCAUCGCCAAUGAAUCGGACGCCGAUCUGGGGAGCGAUCUGGCAGGCACCGAGUUUGGUGGUGGUGCGAGGCGGACUGGUGGUAGCAGCAGUGCAGGAGCGCUGAACGGCAGCACUGUAGCAAAGGCAGCCAGAACCACGGGCUCAUUGAACGCCUUGAGUGGCGCCCAACACAUGUCCUACAUCGAACGCAAUAGGUCGGUCAACAAGUCGCUCAAUAAGGAGGGUGGAAGGCAUAAGAUGUUCCAGAAGCGAGCGGAUAAGGCCAAGCGGAAGGACCGGGAGGAGUGA